AUGGUGGAAGGAGCAACAUCUACAAUGAACGUUGAUCUCAAUAUUAUAAAACGGAUGUGUAAAGAUUUUACGGCUGGUGCUGUGGGUGGGACAGCCUGUGUUUUAGUAGGACAACCCUUUGACACUAUCAAAGUAAAAAUGCAGACUUUUCCAUCACUUUUCAAAACAGCAUUUGACUGUGGCGUUAAAACAAUGAAACAAGAGGGAAUUAGAGGCCUCUACGCUGGUACUAUUCCGUCUUUGGUGGCCAACAUUGCAGAAAACUCUGUACUGUUCUUGUUUUAUGGCCAGUGCUUAUCUGUAGUGAAAAAGAUAGUGGGUAAACAGGAUGAAAAAGAACUAGGCGUGCUUCACCGAGCCGUUGCGGGAAGUGGGGCUGCAGUGUUCUCAUCCUUUGUUCUAUGUCCCACAGAAUUAGUUAAGUGUAAGCUUCAAGCUCAACAUCAAAUGAAUGUCCUGGCUGGAAAAACCGGAGUCAAGAGGUAAUUUUCUUAUGAAUAAAUCUGAGAGUUGGGUCACAUUGUUAGCAUGGUUGUCAUGUUGACACCCAUGAGGGGCAGGGUACUUGUGUAACUGCGGCAGGUUAGCUCAGUCAGUAGAGCACUUGCCUGCAGAGUGGGAGGUCAUGGGUUGGAAUCUCGCAACUGGACCAAUACUCAGGGUUUAAAAAUGACUGAAAAAUGAAGGUACUGCCUUUGCCCUGCAAAUGGCUAGACCUUCGCGUGGCUCGGAUGACCAUGUAAAGUGGGGGUCCUGUCUCCAAUAGGAAACGUAAAAAUCUGAUAGUGUCCCCAAUUAGUGCUUUCGUGCUAAAUAAAUUAAAAAUCAAAAAUAGUGCAUUGUGUGUGUGUCAGUUUUGAGUUUGGAUUUAAAAAAAAUUCAUUCAACCAGACUACCCCAUUCAUAGCCUGCAGAAUAGGCAUUUUUCAGGCAAACAAAUUAUGCACAUGCACAAUGGGAUUAGGUACGGAAAAAAUAAUGCCUGUUCAUACACCAUUGUUUCCUCCCCUUGACACACAUGCAAAUGAGCAAUGAGUCACAGUAUUUUGUUCUGUGCCUUCCUCUAUCACACAUGUCUCACACUGUAUGCGAGUUCAUGCUUGCCUUUGCUCAUGAAAAAUGCAAAAAAGAUGCCUGCUCUGCAGGCUAACCCUUUAAUACACUGUCAUAGAGCACUCUCAUUUGAAAGUUUCUCUACAAAGUUUAAUACCCCCGUCCAAAAACUGGGCAUCCACAGCUGGAAAUCAACCUCAGUGGUUAAAAUGUUGACUAAGGAGAAGUUGUUCCAACCAUACUUGAAUAUGGAGCAUUUUCACUCAUGUGCUCAGUGGCUAUGUAAAUUUACCGCAACAAAAGAAAGUGUUUACACAGGAAAGGAGUUCAGUUCUCAGUGGUUGGGAUACCUACAUGGCAGGCGUGAUGUCAUGUGAAAAAGGUCUAUCGCUGGUGAAACUUUUUUAAGGAUCUUUGAAGAUCCUUGAAGAUCUGCUUGAAAAUCCUUUUUAUAGUGCAGAUCUUUGAGGAUCUUUAUUAAAAAUCCUCAAAGAUCUUCAGAAUUCUUGCCAAGAUCCUCAAGGUUCUCAUAAAGAUCUUUGAGGAUCCUUGAAGGUAUUUGCAAGUAUCUUGAAGAUUUUUGUGGGAAUCUUUCAGAUCUUUGUUAAAUGCGUAAAGAUCUUUGGCAAGAUCCUCACAGAUCUUUCACAUAUCCUCUCAAAUCUUUGCAAGAUCCUCAGGGAUCUUUUCAGAUCCUCACAGAUAUUUGUCGUAUUAUCCUCACAAAUCUUUGUAAGAUCCUCACAGAUCUUUGCCAGGUCCUCACAGUAUGUAUGGAAAUUUUUUCAUGGCUAAAUUAUGGCAUUAUUAUGGAUUAAAUUAAGAAAUCAGACUCGAUUUGAGUUCACGGGAGUAGAUUACAUUCAAAUUUGCCACUUUAAGGCAAUUUGCCUUGAAUGAUUGUAUGUGUCUCAGCCUAAAACUCAAAACAUCAGGAGAGGAAAUUCUAGUAAGGUGUGAGGCAUCAAUUUCUUUAGAGCUCAUCUCUCUCUAUUUGACUCUCCUUCCAGUGGUGUUAUGCAAGUGACAAUGCAAAUUAUCCAUCAAGAUGGCUUUCCAGGUCUCUUCCGUGGAAUGGUCCCCACACUUAUAAGAGAAGUACCAGGGUAUUUCUUCUUCUUUGGAGGUUACGAGUUAAGCCGGUAUCUUCUUACUCCAAAAGGAAAAACUGUUGAUGAGAUUGGUGAGUAUUUAUUUCUUGUAUAUAGCUGAGUGUCGCAAAAAUAUUUACAAGUAUGUGCUUCAAAUUUUCAGUUGACAGUGUAAUGGUAAUAUAUUGGAUGUCAUAAAAUAGUUCAAAAGUUGCCACCUUGUUUGAGGUCUGUUUUUGUUUUUUGCACUGCAUUGCACAUGAUAGUUUAUAAUGGCGGUAUACCACACCCUACCCUACGAGCAGAGGCCCUUUGAAGGGCCUCCACUUGCAGGGUAACCACACCCAGGGGGGACAACUUUCCUAUAAGAGUGACAAGGGUGUUCAACAGACGUUUCAAUCCCCCAACCCCACUUUCCUCAAAAUCUCAUUUUAUGGGUGUGACCCUCACAGCGUGCAAGGAAAGGAGUGUCCGAUAGCCCGGGACUAGUGGAUUUUGCUAUCGGGCUAGCAAAUUCUGUUAUUAAGUUGCCCGACGGGCAAGUGAGGCUUUUUGAGGAAUUCAAAUUACAGAAGAACUGUGAAAUCAAUCUGCUCGUCAAAACGUUUCUGGGGCUAGUUGAAAUAAUGCUUGGGCUAGUAAAUGUUAGCUUCAGCUUGCCCGAAUGGCAAGCUGUAAAAAUGAUUUUCUUUGCACCCUGCCCUCAUGAGGUCCAUGCAAUUCCAAAACAACAAAUUAGCUGGCAUUAACCACUGACCACAUGGCAAUAUAGAAGAUUCAAAUAGCAAAUAGCUCCCAUCAUAAUUUUGGUGAGUGCUUUGUUGAGGGUGCAAAGUAAUGUUUAUUUCUUUCACAGGUGCCUUGAGACUAACUUUCUGUGGUGGUAUGGCUGGUAUUUCUCUCUGGAUUGUCAUUUUUCCAGCAGAUGUGAUCAAGUCUCGUAUUCAGGUAUAUUACAUGAUUAUAAUGAGUUGUUUCCUGUAG